AUGCUUGUUUUUGGACAGAAUUUGCAGGUUGAUGAAUUAAAUUUGGCAGAAAUUGGUCCAAAAUUUGAGCUCCAUGAAAUGUUUCCUGCUCGAACUAACACAGAAUUUGUGCAAGUCUUUUCUCGUUCACACCUGAAAAUGCGUGUUUGGGAGCGUGGUGCUGGAGCAACGCUAGCUUGUGGAACUGGAGCUUGCGCAGUUGUGGUUGCAGCAGUUCUUGAGGACCGUUCUGAAAGGAGCUGCACGGUUGAUCUGCCUGGGGGACCUUUGGAAAUCCAUUGGAGUAAAGAAGACAAUCAUGUUUACAUGACUGGGCCUGCCGAGGUAGUGUUUUAUGGAUCUGUACCUCUUUGAUUUAAAUUCAGAUGAUUUCAAGGGUCACCUGGUGACAGCGAGGGAUGGUUUGACAAGGAUUUUGUAGAGCCAUAUAUUUACAUGCUAGCUCUAGGGUAGAGCUAGUCAAAUCUCAAAUCUUCAGUCUGUUCCCUAUAUGUAACAGCUUUACAACUCUAGUUUCUAUAGCAUAUUUCUGAAUAAUGACUGCGAUUGGUUAUAUUCUUGUUAUAGUGAUUAGUUUCACUGACA